AGAACAUGAAUUAACUUUAUCUGCAAAUGUUGUUAAGGAGAGUAGCCAACUGGCCAUACUGCUCAUCAAUGGCAUCUGGGAAUACUUUUUUUGAUGACAUGCGGUCCAAGCCUGAAGUUAUUGAUCCUCCCCAAAAUGAAGACAUGCUGGAUGUCAGUGACCAUGUGAAUGAUCCUCCUCAACAUGCUCUAAAAUCCAAUGGGACAGUUGCUAGCAAUGUUCGCGAACUACUGGAGUGUCCAGUAUGCUUAAAUGCUAUGUACCCUCCCAUCCAUCAGUGCUCAAAUGGCCACACAUUGUGUUCUGGUUGCAAGCCAAGGGUUCACAACCGAUGCCCCACGUGCAGGCAUGAACUUGGGAAUAUAAGAUGCCUUGCAUUGGAGAAGGUGGCGGCUUCGCUUGAACUUCCAUGCAAAUAUGAGGCCUUUGGAUGUGUGGGCAUAUACCCUUAUUACAGUAAGCUAAAGCAUGAAGCUCAAUGCUCAUUCAGACCUUACAACUGUCCAUAUGCUGGUUCAGAGUGCACUGUCAUUGGUGAUAUUCCUUAUCUGGUGGCCCAUCUAAAAGAUGAUCACAAAGUUGACAUGCACAAUGGAAGUACUUUCAACCAUCGCUAUGUUAAAUCUAAUCCACAUGAGGUUGAGAAUGCCACGUGGAUGUUAACGGUGUUCAGUUGCUUUGGGCAGUAUUUCUGUCUGCAUUUCGAGGCCUUCCAGCUGGGGAUGGCACCAGUGUAUAUUGCAUUUUUGCGGUUUAUGGGCGAUGACAAUGAAGCCAAGAACUACAGCUACAGCCUAGAGGUGGGAGCAAAUGGUAGGAAGAUGGUUUGGCAAGGGGUCCCCAGAAGCAUCAGGGACAGCCAUAGGAAGGUUCGUGACAGUUUUGAUGGUCUCAUUAUUCAACGGAAUAUGGCUCUCUUCUUCUCAGGUGGAGACAAGAAGGAAUUGAAACUGAGGGUUACUGGGAGGAUCUGGAAAGAGCAGUGAUGAACUCUUUUCUUGCAACCCUUCUUUCUUCCUUCAUUCUCUUCCAAGUAGAUUAGUUUUCUAUACCCAAAAAAAAGUAGAUUAGUUCUCCUUUGUGUCUUCUGUUCAUGUAUUUCUUGGAUAGUAGAAGGCAAGCUCUCUUUGCUUUACCUUGCAUCAAAUACAUGAGUGGAAAGACCAUCGUCUUAUAUUUGAAAUCUUAUAUAAAUUGUUCUA